GGACGUGUGAGUUUCAGUAAAGGAGCUGAAGCUGAAUUUGUUCUUCAGGUUGUCCCUGAGAGUUUUCUGCAGGCAGGCAGAGGGUCCCUGUGCUGCUGGCUUCCCCAUCCCUCGCCAGGCACCAUUGCUGCCAUUUCCCCUCUCAUCUUCCUCUUCCUCUUCACCAGGUCAAGCUGGGAGCUGCCCGACCUGCGAGAAGGACGAGUAAAAGCCAUCAGCGAUUCGGAUGGGGUGAGCUACCCCUGGUAUGGAAACACCACAGAAACCGUCACCCUGGUCGGGCCCACCAACAAGAUCUCCAGGUUCUCGGUGAGCAUGAACGACAAUUUCUACCCCAGCGUGACGUGGGCCGUCCCCGUGAGCAACAGCAACGUGCCCCUGCUGACCAGGAUUAAAAGGGACCAGAGCUUUACCACGUGGCUCGUGGCCAUGAACACGACCACCAAGGAGAAGAUCAUCUUGCAGACUAUAAAGUGGAGGAUGCGAGUGGACAUUGAGGUGGACCCCAUGCAGCUGCUGGGGCAGCGGGCGCGGCUGGUGGGCAGGACUCAGCAGGAGCAGCCGCGGAUCCUCAGCAGGAUGGAGCCCAUCCCACCAAACGCACUAGUGAAGCCCAACGCCAACGACGCCCAGGUCCUCAUGUGGAGACCCAAGCGAGGGCAGCCCAUAGUGGUGAUACCCCCCAAGUAGGGCGUGCAGGUGAGGACCUGGGUGCCCCCAGCCCGCUGCAGACGAACAGGGUUUGCGAGCCAAAGCAGAUCUCUCGGCUUCUCCUGCCUUUGUUGUUGUGGUUGCAAACGUGGCUCCUCCUCGGUCAGAAAUAGAGCCUGGCUGGCACAAGGGUGCAGAAGAAGGUUUGCUGAGCUGGAGGAUUUCCCAGGAAUCGAGUACUUGCAGCUGGCACAGAGGCUGUCUGACAUAAAGGACUCGUCUUUCCUUGCGGGGCAGCGCGAGGAGCACGAGUGUGGUUGAACCGUGCCUGUGGCAAACGCUGCUUCCCACCCAGCCGGAGGGAGAAGCGGAGGCUGUGCCUGCUGUCCCCUGCCAUGUCCAUACCUAUGCAUUUCAGAUGGAUGAUCCACCCCUCGCCUGCCCGCUGGCACCGGGCGGGAGCGGGCAGAGCAGAGCCCGGUGUCACCGCCCGGGAGGGGUUUUCCUCAGCCCCGAGGGAGCGGGACACGUUUUGCAUGCGUCUGGGUGUGUUUGGAGUAGUUGUGAGUGUAGGAGAUGCCAUAGCUCUUUUCUGUCUUGGAGUGAGGUCUAAGGGCAGGUUAGAUGUCCUUUGGUUUAAGGUGCACUAAGUCUUUGCAGUUCCUCAGCCUCCCCCUCCCAAGUCGCGCUGACCCUUCUCUCACGGAAGCAGAACCGCGUCUCAGCCGAGUGAGAAAUCGGGAGCGGUGCCGUUCUCCCAGCCCAGGUGCUCUGGGUGUGUGUGGUACCCAAACCAGCUCAGAGGCACCCCUGGACUCGCUUUGCUUCACUGCAGACCCCGCUCCCUCGCUAGAGGUUGGGUGCUCGCUCAUUUUCCACGCAAAUGCUGGCUCACACAGAGACCUCUUCCCCAGCCACCCAUGGAGCAGGGUGGCUACUGGCUGGGCCACCAGUGCAGGGGACAGCACUCCUUGCGGUAACUCCCCAAGCUCUGUGGAAGGCAGGGAUGUGAGUGGAAGCUGCUCAGAGCAGGAGGAGGUGAAUGUGCUGCCUGGGGGCUGUCUCCUGCUGCUGCCAUGCUUGGGAGGGGCUACAGGGGGAUUUAUUUGCCUUUCUCCUCACUCCUUGCUGCCUGGGUGGCUGGCAUCAGCUGGUCCACAGGGCAGCACAGUGCUGUGGGAUGCAGCUGGCAGUUCCCAGGAUCUCACCCUGGAGCUGCAGCAGAGGCAUAAACCAUGGCUGUGCUGCUGCUGCUCUGGGUGCUCCAUUGCUCCUGAGCAGGUGGUUUACAGCUGUUGCUGCUUUCUUUGCUCUGUCCUCCCCAGCACGAGCCCUGCAGCUCCUCCAGCUCGCAGCCCUGCCUUCUGCACACUGCGGGGGGAUUGUGCCGCCCUGGGGAUGCCGGUCAUUCCCGCUGGGAAGGUCCCAUGUCCCACUGGCUCCUGGGGAGGAGCGCUGGGUGACACUUCGUGCACCCCGGGCCCCGCCUGCACAGGGGCUCCCCAGGCAUCUUAGACCAAAAAUCCCUGUGAAAUCCCCGUGCUAUUUAUUGCCCUCAGUAGUGUUUGCUGCUGAUCCAGUUCUUUAUUUAUUUUUCAUCCGGGAGCGUUUCCUUUUGUCGCCCUGGUGCAGCAUUUCCCUGUGCCGGGGCUGGCGCUCCUGCUCCUCCCUCCCGGCCCCACACUGGGCUGGGAACCUGCUGCUUUCUGUGCCUAUGUCGGGGUUUUGCAGGGGCUACAGCCUUGCUGUGGGGCAGGUUUGGAGGGAGAGAGGGCUUUGAGCUUUGGUUUGCUGUGUUUUCUGCAGCAGAGCUCCCACAGGGAGCUUGCUGGUGUGUAAGAUGUCCUGCUCUUGUGAGCCUGUGGUUUUGUCCUGGUGUGGGAUGGAUGGCGGCUUUUGCCAUCGCUGAUGUUUUGUUUCUCAAAAAGUGUGUGUGGAGAGGGGUUAGAAACUUGAAUUUCAAUUUUCCUUAAGGACUGGGGGAGGAGGGGUAAGUACCUUUUGAUUUGAAGUAAGGCAGGUAUAUACUUUUGAUCCGGGGAGGGGACAGAAACAUCUCUGGCAGCAUCGGAGCUAAAACGCCAGAGGAAGGGGUUCCCCAGCAAACAGGCAGCUCCGAGGUGGGCUUCCUGCUGGGAGAGGAUGCUGUGUCCAGAGGCUGUGUGAGCCAGCUCCCCAAAACCCACGGGAAAUGGCUGCAUGCUGCUGUCAGCCCAGGGAGCUGCUGUGGCUGCAGUUGUCUGGGACAGUGGGGACACCGCUGCAGGGAUGCUGUUGAAUUCACUGCCACCUUUUGGGACUUGCUGGCCAGUCUGAGCCUUGGCACGUGGCUACUGAGACAGCAGCAGCUGAAUUUCUGUCCAUGAAUGUCUGCAACAUCCUGGUGCCAGGGUCAGGCUCCGUGCCUGGCUGUAGCCGUGUGCCUGACCCCCGAGGGCUGCCCCAGCCUGCAGGCAGGUGUUGGCUGAGCCCCGGGGCCAUGCCUGUGUUCAUCUCUCCAGGUUUCUGCCAGGCUUCCAUUCCCGCUCCUCUGACAGCUGCAUUUGAUGCACUUAACUCGGCUUGGUGCGUGGGUUGUCUUUGUGGGCAUUUCCCCUUUAAAAAAGAAAGGGGAAAAGGAAAAAGUUUGUGAAAAUUGUUUGCAAAGAAACCCGUGCAAACAGCGUUUACAGAAAGGUGCGGGCAUUUUGCGCGGGUGCGUGUUCACACCUGGGUGGAGGUGGAGCUCUGGGGGUGGUGGUGCUCAAGGGAAGGUGGUGAGGGAGAGCUCCCAUGUUGGAGUCUGAGUUUGGCUCAUUCCCUGUGGCUGGGUGAGCACUCAGACCCCUGGGCUUCACCCCAUGGGAUGCUUUCCCUGUGCCCCCCUUCCCCACCAGCACCCCGUUAUCUCAGGGAGGGGCAGCUCAUGCAAAUGCCCACGCUCCCGGGAGCCCUGAGCCUCGGGGUGCCCCUUCCCCUCCUUCCCAUCCUCGGGUCACUUAUUUAUUUAUCUAUUUAUUUAUUUAAGUUAUUUAUUGCUAUUUAUUGACAACUGGAAGUCGUUUGGGGGGGUUGGGGUGGGGUGGUAAUUUCUGCUGCACAGUGGGGGCAGCUGGGUCUCCCCCACACCCAGCCUCCUGCAUUUUGGGGUGCUGCUGGGAGCACCUCUGGGGAGGGAUGCUCGUGGGUCCCCAGGCUCCCAUCCCCUUUUUGUGGGGGAGAGAAAGGAAGGGGAGCCACACCGGUGCCUGCAGGGAGGGCACCCGGUGCUCACCCCCUCCCUGCAGAAGCUGGGAGCCCCCUUGGUGCUCCCUCCCGUGCCCAUCCCUGUUUACUGACCCGGCCUCCUGGUGCUCCUCCCGCUGGAUUUGCUGUCUCCGGCUCCCGGAGAGGGCGGGAGGAGCCAGGAUGGAUGAAUGUCACUACGGAGAACAGACCAAACCAGGUAUUCUGCUGCCGCGUGGGGAAAAUCAGAGAGAGAGGAAAGCUGGUUUUGCAGAGUGCCUUAAACACAAAUGACUUUACCGAGUAGGGGGCUUGGACUUCUGUCUCUGGAUGUUAUUACCAACUGGAAAAAUGUUGCAUUUCACUUCUCUGGGAUUAAAAGAAAACUACUCGACCUGUACCGGAGCCAAA